AUGGCCUUGAAGUACUCACCGUUGGAAGCUGCUGAGACUGCUAUCCGCUCGAUUGGUCUAGGUUAUGACAUCUCUGCUGAUCUCCGACUUAAAGCCUGCAAGUCGGGGCUUCCCGAUCCAUGUCUCAUUGAGCUUGAUCAGGAUAAUGGGCAGGAAAUAGUUGUGCCAGGGGGGGUAUCGAUCUCGAAUGUGUCGACAUCUAUAAAAUGUGAUAAAGGUGAACGGAUGAGAUUCAGGUCUGAUGUUCUCUCUUUUCAACAGGUUCGCUUCCUUAUCCAUGUCAUUGCCAGUAUCAUUAAUCUUCGUGUGAUUAUAUUCCCAAUGCCUAUUUUAGUAGCUAUUGUAAAAAGAAAGAUGAUUCUAUGGUUUCAAAGUGCGCAAUAGGGAAGAUGUUGAUUCAUACUGUUUAGUUCUUGAGCAAUCCAUUUCAUACGACAACGUGAUACAUGCAGCUAUUUAAGUGCGAUGGGUAGUGAAAUGUUGACCUCAUAGAAUUGCCUCCUUGUCCUUUUAUUAAAUUAUGUUCCUAUUUGGCAUUGAUAAUUAUGUACUCCAACAUCAUCACUAUUGGAUAUGCAUAUGAUUUUACUUUUUCUGGAAAUCUUAAUGUUUCAAAUUAGCAUUCCAAUUCGUUUUCUUAAUUCCUCCUCUUGAAAUGUUGAUAUUAGAAAAAAUGGCUAUCCUGUAAAUUCAAUAUGUCUUCACUUUUUGCAGAUGGCAGAGCAAUUCAACCAGGAUCUUUCUUUAUCUGGAAAAAUCCCGUGUGGGGUAUUCAAUCAUGUGUUUGGAUUUUCUGGUAGUUGGCAAAAAGAUGCAGCAAAUACAAAAGCUCUUGCCUUUGAUGGGUGGUUCCUUACCCUAUACACUGUUGCAUUGGCAAAAUCACAGAUUGUCCUUCGUGAGCACGUUAAGCAAUCUGUUCCAUCAUCAUGGGAUCCAGCUGCAUUGGGAAGGUGAAAUUCGCUCCUCUUUUCUUGAGAAGAAGUAAUGGCAAUAUAUUUUAAGCAUUAUGGGUUAAAAUACUCUGAACAUACGUAUUACUUCUUUUUUCGGCGAAUAGUGGUUGAAAUAUUUUAUCACUAGAUUUUCCAUUAAAUGACUUCCCCUAUUCUCCCUAAGAUAAAAAAAGAAGAAAAUUUUACAAUUUUUUCAUUCCUUCUAGAAGAUUAAAAUUGAUCAGCCUGUAUCACAUGGUUUUUGCCACUCAGUCUCCCCCUUAUCAAAACUCCGUGCAUACUCAGAGUAGAAGAUGGCGAGCCUUCUGGUGGGAACUCUUUUGAUUUUAGAAUUAUCUGACUAGAUAUAAAAUUCCAUUUACCUUUAUUAAAAGACUGUCAACUUAUGGUAGAAGUGCCUGAAAAAAUCAUAGGUGGUUCAAGGUUGUUUUGAUUAGUUCAGAGUCCACAAGGUCUCCCACAGUCUUUUCUUAAGAGUACAUUGAUGCUAGGUUUCCUUGUGAAGAAUUAAUGGCCUAAGAUUCCAUGUUAUGCAAAUACAUGCAUACAAUGAAUUAAGGGCAUGCUAAUUUGGGGUCAGUGCUAAUGUUCAGUAGUUCAUACUGCGCUACUGCUAACUCACAGGCUCAUGCAACUAAACAAACGUGAUUUUAUUUCAUUCCAAUGUAUUGAGAUUACCCUGAGUAUCUGACGCUGUCCUUGUUUUUGGCAGGUUCAUUGAGAAAUUCGGCACUCAUAUAAUUGUCGGUGUAAAAAUGGGAGGGAAGGAUGUAAUUUAUUUAAAACAGCUGCAUUCAUCAGUUCUUCAACCUUCUGAGGUGAAGAAAAGGCUUAGAGAAAUAGCUGACAAAAGAUACCUUCAUCAGGAUGUGCAGAAUGGUGUGGAUCUCGAAGAAUCACAUGCAAGAGAUAAGGUCUCUCUCUCUCUCUCUCUCUCUCUCUCCAGAGUCAGGUUUGGUGCAAUUUUGUUCUCUGUAUCCAUCACCAUUUUAAAUGUAAGCCGCCAUGGCUUGGUUUAUAGAGUAUUUAGAUUUGCCCUUUUUUAUCAUGCAUAUUAUUUUAAAAUAUAAUAAGUGAUGAGAACGAAGCAUAUACAUCUGUUACUGUUUCAUCCUUGGAUGAUUGUGUUCGGACUUCAUGAUUGGGACUGGUUCUCAGGCUGGCUGUCUGAAGAAAAUCGUCGGAGAAGUUGAAAGUUACAAUUUUUAAAGUCUUCCCUCAUUCAUCUUCCUUGAGUUUUCUGUAAGUGUUUUUGAAGUGAAUAAGGGUUUUCAGAGAAAUCACACAACGGAAUAUCGGCCCUCAGUUUACAUAAGUUGCAAGUUAUGUCACUUUAAGAUCACCUUUAUUACUGGAUAGGAGAGCAUGUGUAUCAUCAUCAAACGAACCAGUGAAUAAUGGUUGAUUAUAUUUUUGAGUUAUAUCCAAUGAUUUUUGGGAAUUAUUCGUGGUGCAAGGGAAACUUUAAUCAGGUGGCUUGGAUCUCGUUCUGGGCUUUCCAACCGGAAGGUUUCUAACCUCACAAUCAAUGUUGUUUCAUGCAUUCGAGGAAUGCCCACUUGGAAGAUAUUUUUUCGUAUAUUCUGUGAUCUGUCCUUUGGAUUGACUGUUUAUUCCAUUAAUUUUAGUUUCGACAAGAAGUUACUGAAUAUUCUCUAUUCUCUAAUUCUAAUUUUCUUUGGUUCAGUUAUUAGUCAAGGAGCAACGGUUAAGGUUUGCAGAGUCCAGUCCAUCAAGUUCUUUCUUGAACAAUGAGGUGUAAAUACCUAGCUCUAAAUGCUUUUCUCAAUUUUCACAAGAUCAGGGGGGAAAUAACUUUUGACUUAUUAUUCCUUUUUUCAAAUGGCAGCAGGAUAUAAAGAUAUCUUUCAAGAGAAGAGGAGGAAGCACGAACAAUGAUCUACCCCAUAACCAGUGGCUGAAUACAGUUCAAUUUGAGCCGGAUGUUAUUUCAAUGUCCUUUGUUCCAAUUACUUCUCUGCUGAAUGGGGUGCCUGGAAGCGGAUUCUUGAGUCAUGCAAUUAACUUGUAUCUACGCUGUGAGUUUUCUUUUUAUCUACCCCCCAGUCAAACCCCCAUUCAAACAGGUUUAUAGAUAAAAUAUCUAAGACCCUAUUAUCUUAAAAGUGGGAAACCUUCUCUUUCACGUUUCAGCACGAAUUCAAUGCGUUGAAACAGGUUUUUUCUCGAAGGUGGCAUCUUUCUUUUGACAUCUUAGCUGAGAUUUUUGCUGCAAUCGUACAAUCUGGGGAAGCCAAUAGCAUAUUUAGAGUUCAAAUGAACGCAAUAGUUGAUGACCAAUAAUCUGGCUGUAAAAGAUGAAUAGUAACAGAGUAUGAUCCAUGUGAUCAUGAUCAUUUUGCUGAUUAACAUAAUGACGCUGGUAUUUUGUCAGGUGCUCUCUUGCCGUAUGGUUUUGUUUAAAUUGGCCAACUGCUCCGCAACAAUGCUAACUGGCUAGGAUCAUAAUAAUAUGCCAUGGCCACCUUUGUUUAUGUAGAUUACUUGGAAUCUUGUUAAGAAUUAUCUCGCAUCUGAUGAGUGAUGAUCGGAUCAUGAAACGAAUAUUUCAAUGUUGAUCAGAAGCUAUAUUCUCAUGUGUCCACAGAUAAGCCACCAAUUGAAGAGCUCGAACAGUUUCUUGAAUUUCAGCUGCCAAGGCAAUGGGCCCCUGUGUUCAGUGACCUUCCUCUUGGUCCUCAGCGGAAGAAACAGAGCAAAACUUAUCUGCAGUUCUCUUUCAUGGGUCCGAAACUUUUUGUCAACACUAGUCUGGUACGGCAUUCCCUGAGACACUCGCUCAGUCAUACAUCGCUAUAGAAUGAUUUGCCUAGUAGACUUAGCAUAAAUUAAUCUUUAUGAUGCGAAACUAUUGAAUGAAAUGGACAAUGAAUAAUGGCUUGGCUUACCCAUUUUCCAUGCUAAUCCGUUGGAUAUGAUGCACUGGUCAAAUAAUGUGAAGGGGCUCUCUAAUUGGGUUUCUAAUAUGCUCAUGUUGAGGAUUAUUGCACAGAUCGCACUUUGUAUAUAUUUUUCUGGGUUGUCUUCCGAUGAUUAACAUUGCCUUAUCUAGAUCAUAUCAAUUAGCCAUAUUGUGCCAGCACAUGUAUUAAAAUAAAUCCAAGGAUGUGAACAGCCUAUCUCGUCAAAUCCAGUUCUUAUGCUGUCAAAAAAUUGCUGAAGAGCAGACUUUGAACGCGGACGUCAUCAUUUUAUUCAAUUACUUGAAUGCGUAGUCAUUUAUAAAAAAGGAAGCGACGAGCACUAGGGACCAGGAAUUUGAUUGAGGUGACAUCUUGUGGUCCAUCAUAACUUGAGAAAAUUAUUGAAGUUACAGGGAAACUGAUACAGUAGGAAAGAAAAGUAGAGGUGACUACUAUGAGCAUGCGCAUCUCCUCAUGUAUCUUAUGCCUUUUCAAGAUUCAUAUUUGGCUAUAUUUUAGCCUUUCCCGGGUUCUAGGUCAGAUCUUGGGCAUACUGACGUGAUAACUCUCUCUCUCUCUCUCUCUCUCUCUCUCUCUCUCUCUCUCUCUCUCUCUCUCUCUCUCUCCCCUUUUUCUAUUAUCUGUCCUUUGUCCGGUCCGUAGGAGUGGAAGUCUAUUCUUUGUGAUUGGGCCCGUAGGCUCUCUGUUGAUGUUCAUAAAGUUCUCUCCUUCUUCUUGCCAACCUACAAUUGAGGCCUUUUCUGCAGGUUGAUGUAGGCAACAAACCAGUCACCGGGCUCAGGCUCUACCUGGAAGGGAGAAGGAGCAACAGACUGGCCAUCCACCUCCAGCACCUCGCCUCCUCACCGCCGAGCUUCCAAAUCCAGGACCUCCCCGACCACCUCGCCCCUUGUGACUCCUCCGAAAGCAAGUACUACGAUCCCAUCCAGUGGAGGAGCUUCUCUCACGUCUGUACCGCCCCUGUGGAGAUGGACGAUGAGAACUCCAUCGUCACCGGCGCCCAGCUCCACAUCGGCCAUCACGGCAUCAACAAAGUCCUCUUCCUCCGGCUGCGCUUCUCCACGGUCGUCAAUGCCAUCCGGGUCAAGAACGCGCAGUGGGCGAACUCUCCGGCGAUGAACCAGAGGUCCGGCCUCAUAUCGACCCUGAUGAGCACCCACUUCACUGCAGCUUUCCUGAAGCCGCCGGCGGCGCGGCCGGUGGAUGUGAACAUCAACUCCGCCGUCUACCCCGGCGGGCCGCCGGUGCCGGUGCAGGCGUCGAAGGUGAAGAAGUUCGUGGACUGUGCAGAGAUGGCGCGCGGCCCGGAGGACGCCCCCGGCUACUGGAUGGUCUCCGGGGCGAAGCUGUGCGUGGAUAGGGGGAGGAUCUCCCUCCAGGUUAAGUACUCGCUCUUGACUGCCGCCAAUGAGGAGGUGUAUGGAUUUGAUGGGGCCGAGCUCGGGAACUGA